UGUUACAUCACUCAGCAGCAGCAUCCAGCUCGCGCUCAGACCCAGCUGGCCAUAUUGUGCACCAGCUCUCCGCAAAUCGGCUGCGUCACACAAAAAAAGCCCAUAAAGCGGCGCUGGAGGAGACGUUCAGCACACCGGGAACAAUACGCCGCAUUCAAAACGCCUCUCGCCUGAUCCGGUCGGUGGGUUUUUUGAGCAGCGAAAAUGGUGAAACUGGGGAAUAAUUUCAGCGAGAAAAACAACGGGAAGGUGACGUCAGAAGACGGGUUCGACACCAUCCCUCUCAUCACGCCAUUAGAUGCCAGCCAGCUGCAGUUCCCUCCACCAGAUAAGGUGGUGGUGAAGACAAAGGCAGACUACAUCGAGAGCAAGAAGGGGAAACUACGAUCUCCCAAAAUUGCAGAAUUCUCAAUAAGCAUCAUCGAAGGCGUAUCUGAGCGACUCAAAGUGACCCUGCUGGUGAUCUGUGCCCUGGCCUUCCUGGUCUGUGUGGUGUUCCUGGUGGUCUACAAGGUGUACCAGUACGAGCAGCCGUGCCCCGACAGCUUCGUCUACACGCAAGGCCGCUGCAUGCCGGCCGGGAUGUACGGCAACUUCCCCCCCCAGGGCCCUGGGGGCCGCGGGCGCCUCUUCACCCUCAUCAACCACUACAACAUCGCCAAGCAGACCAUCACCCGCUCAGUGUCACCGUGGAUGACCAUCAUGUCUGAAGAAAAGGUCACCCAGCAGGAGACGGAGACGGCCCAGAAACUGGCUUAACCCCCCACCCCCUACCCCACCUGGGACCAGGAGGUGGCCUCACCUGCUUCAGAGAGAGAUCAAUAAAUACAUAAAUAAUAUGGUUGUGCCAUUCAAGCAAACCUCACGAGUCCUGGGGCGUUCUUGUUGGUGAACAAACCCGACUUCUCUUGCCCCGAGAUGCUCUGCAGGCCUGUCGAUGUCGUUUGGGCCUCAUCGACGGGCGGAUUCACGGUUUGUUUGAAUCGCAUGUGUUGUUAUUUAUUUACACUUCAAAAACAAGAGUGGCAAACGUGUAGAGAAAGCCACAGGAACACACACACACACACACACACACACACACACACACACACACACACACCGUCUUUGUACACACACACACGUGUAAACAUGUAACAGAACUCACUUUAGUACUCACAUCGUGAACGACCCAUCUUGUGUCUGCGUUGCUCGUUUUAACGCACACGACUCUUCACCCACGAGGGCCGCCGGCAAAACAAUAUUGUACUGUUAUGACAUUGUGAAUAAAUGAGGCUUGAAACCAUUUAACCAGCGAAUGAAUAACAUGUGAACUGUGUGGUUUUCAUCUCUGCAUCUCGUGCUGUGAAGGAGGUUUUUUUAAAUGUAUUUUGAAGUCUUUUCAACCAGCGUUGACGAUUGUCUCCAUUCAUCUGAACUCUUUGUGAACACCGUGUGCUUUUUUUCUUCUUCUUCUUCUUUGCUUGGCCCACUUAAUGGUUACUUUUCAUGAGCGCAUCAUCUUAUGCUAAUGUGUUGAAUGUGUUUUGCAGCGCUCGUGAAGACUUUUCGUGUGAACAAUCUGACGCUGUUGCUUUGUCUGUUAUUGUUAUUGAACUUAAACCGUCACAAAUGAUGUACCUUUUUUUUUUUUUUUAAACUAUGUAACGAUUACCAUCCAAGUGCAUUGAAAACAAUGUUAAAUGAAAAACUGAAAUAAAGUGCCCACAUUUCACACC